AUGAAGACUCUGCUCGUCGCGCUUGCACUCGGCUUGGCCGCGGCCGCGAACGCUGUGAACGCGCCCGGCUGGCCCUUCGAUGUCACGGAGCUGAACGCCCCCGAUGGGUCCGUCAAGGCCAAGUUCGUCUCGUUCGGGGCGACGAUGACGGAGCUGUGGGUGAAGGACCGGCACGGGAAAGCGCGGGACAUCAUCAUUGGGUAUGACGACAACAGCAUGCUGUUGACUGACAGCAACCAUCCUGUCUUCAACCCCAUCGUCGGCCGGUAUGCGAACCGGAUCAAGAACGGAACGUUCUCUAUCCCAAUCACGAAGGACCCUCAGCCGGACGGUCCCAACGUGUAUCACAUUCCGACCAACGACCACGACGGGGAGGAUACUCUUCAUGGUGGCAUUUACGGCUGGGAUCGUCGCAACUGGACGAUCGUCGAGCGCAACGCCACGAGCGUGACGUACAACCACCUCGACAUGGCAGACGAAGGCUUUCCCGGCUUCGUCGACGCGAACGUCACUCACUCCGUCGAGAACGGUGGCAUCUUCAAGACGCACAUCAUCGCGAAGCCGACUGAGAAGACGCCAAUCAUGCUCACGCAGCACAUCUACUGGAACCUGGACGCUUUCCAGGGCAGCGAGAACAUCCUCAAGCACAAGCUCCACGUCGACAGCUCGCGCGUCGUUGCCGUCGACGGCGACGCGAUCCCCACGGGCGACUUCAUCAACGUCGCGGGGACCCCGUUCGACUUCCGCACCCCGCGCUCGAUCGACUGGGACUGGGAUGAGACGGUCGGGCUCUGCUUGGGUGAGUGCAGUGGGUAUGAUCACUGCUGGAUCUACGACCACGCACACGACACGGUCCCGGGCGUUACCCUUUGGAGCGACGUCUCCGGUAUCAAGCUGGAUGUGACGACGAGCAACCCAGCGGUGCAGGUGUAUACUGCUUACUGGCUGAACACUCCCCGAAAGGUCGUCCACGGCGGCCCGGACGUGAACUACACGUCGUACUCCGCGGUGGCGAUCGAGCAGGAAGGCUACAUCGACGCGAUCAACACACCCGAAUGGGGCGUCGACCAGAUUUAUUACCCUGGCAAGGACUACGUGUGGAGCUCGACAUACAAGUUCUCGACAGUCCAUUAG